AAAAUCACAGCAGAGCUGGGUAAAGGGGGUGGAGCAAAGUGUGUGUGCAGGAGAGGAGUCGAGCAGAGAGAGCUUCCUUUUCGUGAAACGGGAGUAAAGUAGUAAACGUAAAGGAUCAUAUAUAACUACCUACUUUUCAAUCGAUAGCUGCAUCGAUCUACUCACCGUUGUCUCCUGGACUGUAGCUGAGAUCAGCGCGAACCACGUGUGUCUCAGCUUCCUGAUCUGUUAACUGUGUUUGGAAAGGCUUCUAACCACAGAGUUCUCUCGUUCGUGGGCUCAUCUAAAGGAGGAGAAGAGUGGUGGUGCAGCAGAGGAUCAAUUUCAGCAAUUUGGACUCAGCUCAGCCACUGCAGAGGAAACAAUGACUUCAACACAAAAGGACCAACAUGGAGCAAGAAGUCAGCGCUCUCAGGAGGCCGACAAACGUCACAGAAGAAAGAGAGAGAAAACAUACACCUGUGACGAGUGUGGGAAGGGUUUUACCUCGGCUCAAGGCCUAAAAAUACACCAACUCAUCCAUAGUGGAGUUAAACCUUACAGUUGUGAUGAGUGUGGGAAGGAUUUUAGCCAGGCUGGCAGCCUAAAAUCACACCAACUCACCCACAGUGGAGUUAAAGCAUACAGCUGUGAUGAGUGUGGGAAGGAUUUUGCCUCGGCUCAAGGCCUAAAAACACACCAACUCAUCCACAGUGGAAUUAAACCUUACAGUUGUGAUGAGUGUGGGAAGGAUUUUAGCCAGGCUGGCAACCUAAAAUCACACCAACUCACCCACAGUGGAUUUAAAGCAUACAGCUGUGAUGAGUGUGGAAGGUCUUUUGCCCGGGCUGGAGAAUUAAAACUACACCAUGUCAUCCACAGUGGAGUUAAACCUUACAGCUGUGACUUGUGUGGAGGGUCUUUUGUCCAGGCUGGAAGCUUAAAGAAACACCAACUCAUCCACAGUGGAGUUAAACCUUACAGUUGUGAUGAGUGUGGGAAGGAUUUUAGCCAGGCUUCCGGCCUAAAAUCACACCAACUCACCCACAGUGGAGUUAAAGCAUACAGCUGUGAUGAGUGUGGAAAAUCUUUUGCCCGGGCUCGAGAAUUAAAACAACACCAUCUAAUCCACAGUGGAGUUAAACCUUACAGCUGUGACUUGUGUGGAAAGUCUUUUACCCGGUCUGGAGACUUAAAAAAUCACCAUGUCAUCCACAGUGGUUUUAAACCUUACAUCUGUGAUUUGUGUGGAAAGUCUUUUGCCUGGGCUAAAGGCUUAAAAAACCACCAACUCAUCCACAGUCGAGUUAAAGUGGAAAGCUGUGAGUUAUAUGGAAUUUUUUUUGCCCAGGUUGGAGGCUUAAAAAUACACCAACUCAUCCACAGUGGAGUUAAAGCGUACAGCUGUGACUUGUGUGGAAAGUCUUUUACAUAUUGUGAGGGCUUAAAAAAACACCAACUCAUUCACAGCGUAGUUAAAGCACACUACUGUGAGUUGUGUGGUAAAGCUUUUGCUCAAAGUCUAAACUUACAGAAGCAUCUACUUACCCACUCUGGAAUUCAGUGACAAACAGUACCAAAAUAUUCACCUGCAGAUUCACACUGGAAAUGAUGUUUCCUGCUGUGAUCAGUGUGGGAAAUUAUUUAUAACAGAUGCCACACUGAGGAGAGACCUUAUAAAUGUGACCUGUGUGAGAAGACUUUUAAAUCUCCACAUCACCUGAAAAAAACACCAACAGAUCCACACCAGAAAGUAACUCUACAAGUGCAGUUACUGUGAGGAUGUAUUUAUUUUUAUCUUGUAAUUUUAACCUGAUUGUUUGGAACAAGUCUGAUCAGUAAACUUAUGGAGUUAUACUGAAUGAACUGUUUGGAAAACUGAAGACUCGUUUUCACUCAGUAAGCUGAGUGUUGUAAUGUAAACAGUAAAACGUAAUUGGACAUUGGCAGAGAUCACUUACGCUGUCAUUGUUUAGAAGCAGAGCGACGCAGAUGGAUCCAGUUCUCAACCCUGUCGUCACUGUGGUGGUGGGAAAACGUUUCUCUGUGACCUUUGUGGGAGAACCUCCAAUCAUCAACGGGACCCUAAACCACGUCAACGUAGACACACUGGAGACAAAAUGAACUACUGCAAAGAAUUUGGGAGAGGCUUCCACACACCAAGUACAUAAAAAAAAAACAUGACCUCUUCCACUGCACGUGAACUUAAAGAACAAUGCAGCUUCUCUGUCACUACAUGCAGGGCGAUCGUGGUUAAAGAGUUGGGGGUUUGCACUGUAAUCGGAAGGUUGCCGGUUCGAGCCCUGGCUCGGACAGUCUUGGUCGUUGUGUCUGGUGGCGCCAGUGUCCGGCAGCCUCACCUUUUGUCAGUGCGGCCCAGGAUGGCUGUGGCUACAAUGUAACAUCAUGUGAAUGGGUGGAUUACUGGAUGUGUAAAGCGCUUUGGGGUCCUUAGGGACUGGUAAAGCGCUAUACAAAUACAGGCCAUUUACCAUGUAUAUCAAGUUUAUGUUUUUUCCUUUGAGGGAUUUUAAUUCUCUAAAAUGUUAUCCCUGUUACAUUUUAAUCUUUGUUCCCACAGUAGUGUUUAGUAGUUGUACUUGUUACUGUAUUAUUAAAGUUUUUACCAAGCUCA